AUGCCCUCUAAAAAGAGUUCUAAUAGUAAGAAAAAGAGUACAUCUAAAAGUCAGUCCAAGAGCGAAAAAUCUUCUGCUCCGCAACCACAGACUGUCAAACGAUCAACAACUCUUGAAUCACAAAUCACUACUCUAAAUGAUUUUUGGAGAACAUUAAACUUUGGCACAAGGAAAAAACUUCUUCAUGUUGAUGCCUGUUCAUUGCUAAAAAAGACAAAGGAACAAUAUCAAAGAGUGUGUUCGUGCACUGUUUGUGGUAGAAACAAAUCUAUUCUUGAUAGAGAAUUGGAUAGACUUUUUACUGAUUACUGCAAAGAACUUGCAUAUCAGAAUCAUGUUGAUUGUGUAUUCAAUUUUUGUAGCACCUCCAACUCAUCAGACAGAUCUAAACUUCGCAACAACUCACGAAGUCCAAAAACAACUAAGAGAACCGUCAUCAGCAAUGGAACUGAAAUGUUAACCACAACAACCGUAAAGAAAAGUGGUAACGUACGAGUUAUUGAAAAAACUGUAAAAUACUAUUCUACAACAAAAGUAAAUCCAAAUGACAAAGCAAGUAGUCCUAUUAUUGAAGAUAUCACAGAGGAUAAUAGAGAAAAGGCUAUUUCUAAACAGAGUCAAACUAAUGGUUCAAACACCGAACCAAUAGAUUCGAAAAACGGUUCACAACAAAAUAAUCAGCAUUUACCACCACCUCCACCUAUUCAACCUGAAGAUAGUCAAGAAGAUAGUGUUCAGUAUGACUUUGGAAAGAAUCUUUCGAUCAGUCGAGAAG